GCCCAAACCACGUUUUAAAUCUCUUGGCUGGGGAAAAUCGUAAUCCAGCUUCCUGUCUUCUCGUCCCAUAUCACAUCAUAUCUCCGCCAUUGAAUCUCCGUCUUGUGGGAUAUGAAUCUACCGUGUCUAGAUUAAAAGAGGCGUCAUCAUGCACAUCCAUGUAAGGUGGCAGGUCGAAUCCAUUUCUCCAUUCUAGCCCAAUUGCUAUUCUGAGUUUCUCAUUUUUGUAUUACUAUUGCGGAAAACGAUUUGGUUUCUUGUCAUUCACUUAUUCUAAGUUUACUGGAGCUGUACUUCUUCUUGCUGUGCGAACAUAAUGUCGUCGUCGCCUUCUCGGUCUAAUCUUUUGGGUAAUGGAGUACUAGUGAUUAAUAAAACUAGAAUUCUGUUGCUGGUAGCACUGAUAGCAACGUGGUGGAUCGCACAUUUUCUCCCACGAUAUCGGCCAGCAGUUGAAGGACACAUCAAAAACAAAAUAUCAUCUGCCGCCGAAAAGAUUCCCGCCGUCAAAGUAGACUGGUAUCCCAACCAUGACCCGCGCGAGCAAUUCAAUGCCUCCAAAGUUGCGCUCCUCAUCGAAGGCAGACCUAUUCAUCAUCUCGUCCCGCAAAUUCUACAUAUGAUUUCCGUUGUGCCACCGGAUUGGCGCUUUGUGUUUAUCGGCACGAAUAAGAGCGUCGAAGUUGUAUCCCGCAGUUUCGCAACACAAUAUCAUAAGGCUAAUGGAAAGCUGGAUUUGAUUGUCCUUCCUAAGCCAUGGAAGGUGGAUAGUAAGGAGGAUGUUUUCAGGGUGCUUACGGACGUCCGAUUCUAUGAUGAAUUUAUGCCGGAGGUCGAAUGGUUGCUCAAAUAUGAGUCGGAUAGUAUUAUGUGUGGAAAUUCGGAAGAAAGUUUGAAUGAUUGGCUAGACUAUGAUUGGGCUGGCGCUCCUAGAGUCGCCGGUGAUCACUUCGCAGGCAAUGGUGGGCUUUCAUUCCGAAGAGUUUCCACAGUGAAAAAGAUACUCGGAUUCCAAUCUCGAAUCAAUGAUACGACCCCCGAGGAUGAGUGGUAUGGGAAACGUAUCACGUUACUGCCAGGAGCGCGAGUAGCCAGCGGUGAAAAGGAAGAUCAUUUCUCGGUCGAAGACAGAUACCAUGAGAGACCCAUGGGAUUCCAUGUACGAGAUGGAGGAGAGGUACUUCCGGAGGAUGUCUGGAAGGACCCUGAUCAGAGAAGAAAGAUUUUCGAGUAUUGUCCUGAGUUAGCGAUGAUAAUGCCAAUGAAGUUGGAGAGGCAGAGGUGCCCAGGCGACAAUCGUAAAGGCGAGAUUGUGAAAGAAGUUGAAGAGAAUUAGACAGAGACGACUAAUCAAGAUGGUGAAGACAUGGGAUACGUUUGUACGAAGUUAUAGGUUUUUUGUGUUAUAUUAGCGAAGGAUGUAUCAUGAAUACAUGAUCGGCAGGGGAAUAUGGAUGGUAACAUGCCUCUACGGAAGUAUAUGGAGACUGGCGUCUGGAAAUAUUGGAGUUUGGCUGUUUCAGUUGGCGUACUGGUGGACUGUACAUCACAGAGACUCGGCUUGUUCAAUUAAAUCAUUUUCUUUGAAGGGUCCAUAGCUACCCCGAAUAACAUAUGAUCGGCUUCAAUUAUAUUCAACAUACGCCUGCAUGAUAACGACUAGUUAUUUCGCUACACCUUUGCUCCAAGUGGAAGUUUCCGUGCAAAGCAUUUUCUUUCACUAAGCGUACACAAUUCGCUCACACCGCAAAUAAGCAAUCAGUCUGUCGAAUAUGAAAAAUUCCAAUCAUCUUUGUUACUUUUGUCUUCCAUCGGGUACUGAUUCCCCUAUCUCAACACAAAGGAAAUCUAACUAUAUGUACA